AUGGUUAUAAGUCAAUCAAGAAGCGCGAGAUUUGUCAUCAUGAGUGAUUCAGAUUUUAAUGAAUUAUUAAGAUCAGCUGAACAGUUGUCUGCCACUGUUGAAAGCAUUACUGAGUUACAAGUUGAACGAAAUCUUCGUCAAAUUUUAGAAGCUUCCAAUGAACUUUGGUCUCGUGUAACACAAACUGGUACUCAAGACACUCAAGUACAAGCGCACCUUUUGUUAGGUUCACGUGGUAUUGAUUUGCCACAAAUUUCUCAGAAAUUAAAUUCACUCAGCGCAAGACGUACGUUUGAACCUUUAGAUCCGAUCGCAGAUACUGAUAUUGUCAGUUAUUUACGAAAUGAAAAAGAAAAUGCUAUUCUUUCAAUUAUUGAACAAGUUCACAAAGACACAUUUGAGCUUAAUAGAAUUCAGCAAAUGGAGCAUAUGCUUGGAGAAUGGAAACAGAUGAGAUUUGAGAUAAUAAAUGCAAUGACUGCUCCUUCUGGUGAACUUGUUGAUUUGAGGGGUACGCCCCAAAGGACAAAAUUGGCUGGUUCUAUGGUGACUGGACUGUCUAAUAUUGAAAUGGCUUAUGUCAAAGAAUUAAAAUCAUACAACGACUAUGUACUAAGAAGUAUCACUAGACCAAGUCUUUUUAACGCAUUUUCAAAAGCUGCGGAAUCAUUUGACGACAAAAAAGUUUUGGACAUGUGGAACAUGGUCGGGUGUAUGGUGAAUAUUCCACCAACGAUUAAAGGAGAUCAAGUAAAAUCACGUAGCAGUUUAGAAGUAGAAGAAAAAAUAGUUGAACAAGCUCGAAAAUAUCUGGAAAAUCGUUACCGUGAAUUUAUGAAUUCAUUGGUUAAUGAAAAUUUGGCCCAAGCAAAGCGCGGUGGAAUUCCGGGUACUGUUCCAUUAGUAGCAAGUUUUGUUGGAAUUAAAGUACAAAACUUACGUGAUUUAGAAGAUGCUGUAGUUAAUGAUAGACCACUUUGGCCUCUUGUUUAUUAUUGCAUGAGAGCAGGAGAUUUAAAAGCUGCUUUACAAUGUCUUAAUCAGUAUGGAUUAACAUCACAUGAAUACAGACAAUCAUUAGAUGAGUCUGUAGACAAUUCUCGUCGUUCCGGAAAUCGUGGUUCAUCAUUUCAAGAAUUCAAACAAGCACUGGAAGAAGCUCUUGAGAAUCCACAGCGACGACCUAGUUCUCGAAGUGAGUCUGUUAUCAAGCUUCACUAUCGUAAGCACGUAAGAUCAUCUACAGAUCCGUAUAAAAGAGCAGCUUACUGUACUCUCGUACCUUGCGAUCCUGAUGACUUACAUUCUGAAGUGAUGUCUACUGCUGAUGAUUAUUUAUGGCUUAAAUUAUGUCAAGUGAGAUCUCAAUCAGAUACAGAAAAUAAAUUAACUCUUGAGAAUUUACAAACAACUAUUUUAGAAGAGUAUGGAGAAUCAUAUUAUCACGCUCAUGAACAACCAUUUUUGUAUUUUUCAAUGUUAUUUUUAACUGGACAAUUUGAAGCAGCUAUUGAAUUUCUCGCAAGAGGUGCCAACGCCCGACACUUACCUCAUGCUGUUCAUCUAGCAGCAGCAAUGAAUGAACACAAUUUAUUAGCGCUUAGUCAAAGUGUUCUAGCACCUUUAAUAACAGUUGAUCCUGCCGAUAAACCACCAGCAAAAAGACUAAAUUUUGCUAGACUUAUUUUAUUGUACAUUAAACGUUUUGAAUGUUCUGAUCCAAAAGAGAGUCUUCAUUACUUAUUCUUACUGAGAUGUAUGAAAGAUCCUAACGGACAAAAUAUGUUUGCUGCCUCUGCUGCUGAAAUGGUCAUCAAUUCACCACCGGAAAAUCGUUCAUUAUUAGUUGGUAAAAUUGAUAAUGACCGAAGACUUCCCGGUAUUUUAGAUCAAUUCCAGAUCAACGUUGAUAAAGUUAUUAAUAUUUGCGCUGAAACUCUUUACAAAAAAGGAUUGUUAGAAGAAGCUGUAACUAUGUACGAUCUAGCUGGUAAUCAUGAAAAAGUACUUAACUUAAUGUGUAUGUUAUUAGCACAAGUAGUAAGUCAAAAAAAUACCACUGGAUCAUUGAGAUCUCGUUUACAAACAAUUGCUAAUGUAAUUAGCUUACGUUAUCAAGGGAUUGCAAUUCAGGUAUCUGCUGAGUUAGUUGCUGCUUUUUACACAUUACGUGAUUUAAUGACAUUUUUCGACCAGUAUCACAAUGAACAGUAUCAAACUGCUUUACGAACAAUUUCCGAUUCAAAAUUAUUACCUCUUCAUGUUCAAGAAGUUGAUGAAAGAGUUACUGCUUUAAGAAGAGUGUCACCUGAAGUUUCAGGAACAUUGUCAGAUGUUCUUUUAGCUACUAUGACAAUUCUUUAUCGGCAGUACCAAAAAUUACGAUUUGCUAAACCGGGUGAUGAAGCCACUAGAGAACAACAGUUUCGAGAUUUACGAGAGCAGGCACAAGCAUUAACAAGUUUCGCUGGUACUUUACCUUACCGAAUGCCUAAUGAAACCAAUAGCAAAUUGGUCCAGAUGGAGAUACUUAUGCAUUAA